AGAGCUCGUCGGACAAGGAAAAAGAGCCGGAAGAGGUUUCGUCUCGUGCUCACCAAUUCGCUUUAACUUCCUUGGAGCUAAAUUUAUUUAUUUUUUCUCGGGGCCGAUUCGCUGCGCGGCUCGGCAGAGAAAAGGACAGCGGCGAGGACUGGACUCGAUUCGAACUAAACGUACCGAUUCAGGAAAGAGAGGACGAUGAUUUGACCGAUCCAUGUCGCUCUCAUCCUCCGGGCUCUCGAAACGCGCACCGCGUCUGUCCCGAUGGGCGGCAGGUGGACACACGCUUCCCUGCGAUCGCAACACGAACGCAGGAAAUCUAAAUCAUCGUAAGAGGAAUCGCGAGUUUCAGACGAGAAUGAUGAGAGGGAAUCGAGGCCAAAUUUGGGGACGGGAGCGGUGGGCCAGCGAUGUCGAGGCAUGAUCCGGGGGGAGCAUAAAAGGGCCGUGGGGGAUCGAUCGAAGGAGCAUUCAUGCGUCUGAGAGAUCUGCUGGCGGGGUGGUGGAAGAAGCGCGAGGCGGGACGACGGCAGCACAGCGAGCGGUGCAGGAGGACGGUGAAGAUUACCAUCUCGUCGACGAGAGUGAUGAAUUCCGCGAGCGAGACGGCCGGGGACCAGGAUCACCGAGUGUACCGAUUCUUCGAGGCGCGCACGACGGUGGGCAAGGGCGGCAUAUGGGACCCGAGCGCCAACAAGUACUACUACAUCGACAUCACGGGCAAGAGCCUGCACAUUCUGACGCUCGGCGCCAGCAUCCAGAAGGAGGACUUCGACGUGGGCACGCAGGUGGGCGCCAUGGCGCUCAUCGAGGGCGGCCGCGGCCUCGUCAUGGCCGUCAGGGACGGCUUCGGCAUCUGGGACUUCGCCAAGAAGAAGCUCGACCUCGUGGCCUCGCCCUACGGCCUCGACAGCGGCUGGCGCAUGAACGACGGCGCCUGCGACUCGCGCGGCCGCUUCUGGGCCGGGCGCCUCUUUGACACCGACGAGACCCGGCCCGGCCAGAUCUACCGCCUCGAGAACGACGGCCGCACCGCCACCCCCGUCAUCGACGGCAUCUGCUGCACCAACGGCCUCCUCUGGAGCCCCGACAACUCCCUCAUGUACUGCGGCGACAGCACGUACAAGAAGAUUUACGUGUGGGACUACGACGAAGAGUCGGGCACGCCGUCGAACAAGCGCCUGCUGAUAGACACGAGCAAAAUCUUCCAUGGAGUGCCGGACGGGGCCACCAUCGACCGCGAGGGUUAUCUGUGGACGUGCUUCUUCGACGGGCACAAGAUGGCCCGCAUCUCGCCCGACGGCACCGUGGACAGGGUUUACGACCUGCCCGUCAAGAGGCCCACGCAGCCGUGCUGGUUCGGAGACAAGCUCGACACGCUGCUCAUCACCAGCGCCAGCAAGGACGUGAACAUCGCCAACUGCCCGGAGAGCGGCAACAUUCUCAAGAUUCAUGUCGGCGUUCAGGGACAGUUGAAGGCCAAGUAUAAGCUCAAAACCAAACCAGGCCGUCAGCCAGGCUCGCCUUGACUUGAUUCUGAGACCUGGCUCCUGCUUCACUGAUUGAAUCACUGGAUCACAUUGCCGUCUUGGCUUUUCGUCCCGGUCCCCUUUGUGUAUAAGAUGAGAGCAGUGAUCGGAUAUGUAGACGGGUGCAGUGACCAGCUCGCCAUUGGAGAUGGAGCUCGACCGUAUUUCUCUUGUGUGAUAAUUCCUAGCGAGAGCUAGCAACUCUUACAUGUCAGAGGUCCGCGUUGCUAUCAGAUCAUGCUUGUGUUCUGGUUCCUGUCGCGGUACGUCCAACUUUUUGACCUUGGAUCUAUCGGGCGGAAUCCACCGCUCGAACUUGUGUAUUGAUCAUUGAACGAAAUGUGAAUAUUCUUGGAACUUUCUUAGCGUUUCCAGAUCACCGGAAGAUCUUCCCG